CCUCGCCAGCGAUCACCUCUUCUGUUCUCAACUUCGCUUGCUGUUUCUCCUCGCAGCGCACUCUUUAUAUCACCUAUCAGUGUUGGGGAGAGCGCAGUGGAAACGACUCGGAACAUUGACGUGCCCAAGAGCACUGACCACACUGUAUUGUACCUUCGUAGAGGAGGCUGCAUUUGGCUCUUUCCUUCGUUAGUUUUGGUGCUCAGAUCGUAAAGCUGGAGCUAGGCGUGACUUACCUCGCCUACCUAUCGGAGUCCCGGACCUUGCCAAACAUCUGCCUCACCUGUCCCCACGUCACUUCCCAGGUCGAGCACGGCCGCUACGGAUUCCCGACGUCUGGGGAAGAGGCUUGCGCCGCGAGACCUAUGCGGCACCUACCUUAGGUUACUGAUCAUCGACCGCACUUGCCCUAGCCGGCCAAGCCAACAUGUUCGGAAACAUUGGUAACAUUGGUCAUAUGGUCAUUGCGGCAGCACAGAACGCGCCUCCCAAGGAUGUGCCCCCGCCCACACCAAUCAAUUUGCCUCGGUGCUACCCGCAGCUCCGCGACCGUGAUCCCUCUGAUGCCCGGACGCCAAAACCGCUUACUGCCUUGUUGCAGGGCAUUGUCCGGCCGACCGAGGUUUCGAUUUCUCACCUAGAGGCCCUUGGAGCACACGUGAUCCCGGACGCUCCCCCGUCCGCCUUGAUUCCGGACCCUUCUUUUAUUCCGGACUUUAAGGUCUGGGAAGCCCUCUCCUCGGAGGAGGUGCAUGCCACCAAUGAGAGCACUCGGAAACGCCUCAACACGGGCAACCUCUCACCUGGCUGCCAGACGUAUCUGGAGCGCAGACGGGAGCUCUCCAUCCCAAACGAGGCCGCCUACCGGACAGUCCGCAGGCUACCGGCUCCAAUGGGCCAACCCCAAGCCCGCCUGGGGAAUGCAUAUGAGUUCUACCGACACCUGGAGCUGUUCACUUCCUUUUGGGAAGACACAUCAAAGCCACCGAAACUGGAAGACGAUGCUGUGAAGGCAGGGGAGAGCAACGGGCAAACCGCCCCUGCUGCUCCCGAAAGUGACAAGGCUUCGGAGAAUGCCACCGGCGAGGUGCAAUUCUACCGCACCGGGUCCGGCGCCCAGAUGCCACCUGAAUAUCGCCAAAAUAUCAUCACAGCCUUCAUAAAGCUGGUAGCGUACGACUUCACAUGCAACGUGUCAGUACCUCGAGUCGAACCACGGCUACAAAUCACAUCCAACGCCUUUAGCUCCCCGCGCAGCUCCUACUUCUCCUCGGGGUGCACCUUCAUUUUCCGGAGCCCUGCCACCCGAGAAGCUGCCCGGGCUGGCAUCGUCGAAGGCCCGCUCGCCGCCGUCAGCGCAAGGCACACCACAACCUUCCCUGCAGCCGGCAGCGGCCAAGGGCCGACAGCUGCCGACCGAGAAUCGGUUCUGGACCUGGGUCGCGAACUGGUCGCUGCGCUCAUCACGGCGCAGCACCGCGCCCGCGAGGGCCGCACCGAGAAGCGCAUCGGCGAAAACGCUUGGUGGGCGACGAAGCCACGCUGGGGCGGCGGGCCCGGAGGGCCCAUCGGCCGCGAAGUGGAGAUGCAGUCAGGUGCCGACGAGACGGUUGGUGACAAGGACGCCCCGCCCCCUGAGAACCCUUCGUCAUCUCCCUCGUCGACAAGGGCAGAGGCUGUCUCGCUGCCUCGACGACCCUUUUCCCGCCCUGGCGCGCUCUCUCUUCCCAGCAGCAGCAGGGACUCAAAGGGUGCUAAGCGCCUCAAAAAAUCGGGCAAUCACCCUAUGUACGACAAUUACCGUGCAAUUCGGCCGCCGGCAUCUACUUGGGAUAAAAAGGCCAGGUACGAGGCCAUUGGGCGCGCCAGGGGUGCAGAUUAUGAUGAUAUCUAUGUCGUGAGCUCGGUGCUGCACCAUGUCAGCGUGGUAAGGGUUCGCGUACCGGAUCGGUUGCUCGCUGUCCUGGAAGGGCAGCCUGAGGGUACGGAGGACGCCGGAAACGGGAGGUGCUGGGGGAAGCUGGAGGUCUGGAGAAGCCCAUGGUUCGACUUCUUCAAGAUUGAGGAUCGCGUCAAGGCGAUGCAGCUUGUCUGGUGCAUGAUGGCUUGGCUCAUGAGAGAGAAUCAAGGCAAGAAUGAGCAGGCUGGAAAACAAGGGCAGGGAGAUGUGAAAAUGACUGGGAUAUGAGACACAUGAUUGUUGGAUGCUUGUUGGGAUAGAAACGAGAAGAUGAGGUCAUGAAACCAGCGGCAGAAAAGGCGGCUUAGAGCAUCUCGUGUCAGUUGGGAACGAUAAAUAUAUCUGCCGGUACGUGCAUAGAGACAUGAGUUUUCAGCGAAGACCAGCACGAUUUUGACUUGAACCAUUUCGCGUACAUAUAGCGCCUUAGGUCAACAGACAUCGACACCAGGCUUGUAUU